AUGCUGAGCCAGAUGAUAGAGCCACCAGCUGCUAUCUUUGCGCUCAUUUUCGUGUUCGUGAAGUUGGCCUUUUACUUGCAUCAUGCGUUUCGAAGAGAUGAUGGCAGCAGCCUCAAAGGCUUCUCUCACGCCUCGACUGCUAUCAGUCCCCCAAAGCUUGGGUCGCAAAUACCCUACAUCGGCCACAUCAUUGGUUAUAUGCGCCAAGGAAACGACUAUUUCAGCAAUCUUUGUCGGCGAUUCUCGAGCAAAUGGCCCAUCUUUACUAUCAACAUGGCUGGCAUCCAGCUGGUCUUGGUGCAGCCUGAAUUGCGCCGACACCUGCCCAAGACCAAACACCUGCAGCUCAAUCAUCUCGUCGCGACCAUGUUUCGUCGCAGCCUUAGCUUCGGCGAGCAUUCGUGUUCUCUGCUUAAGGAAGAGUUUGAUCUGAGCCACGGGUUUGGCGCCAACAUAUCUCGCAUCUUCCGUGAAGAGUUCAUCCCGAACUUGAACCUCCGGAAAUACAUAGAAAGACUAGAUGCUCAAUUUUUAACGAGCAUCGAUACUCUGCAUGAGGAGGGAAGUGGUACCCUGCGUGUCGAGGAAUGGGUCUUCUCAACCUUUGUGGGCGCUCUGGGCAAGGCUCUAUGGGACGAUCACGCCAGCGAAGGUCCCUUCGCGGAUUCGGCCUUCCUGGCAGACAUGCGUAUCAUGCUGCUCAACAUUCGGCAGCUGAACAGCCCAUUCAGCUUUCUUUUCAAUUCAAGGGCAGUCAGUGCGCGAAAGUCAGUUCGAAAAGCGCUGCAGGAUGCUGCAUCUCAGACGUCGUAUCCAGAAGACAGCUUUCUUGGACGAUUGCGAACUGCUUGUGCUGCGCACGGCGCCCGAGAGGAGGACUGGACCGACUAUCAGCUGCUUCUGAUUGCAGGUGCCGGUCCGAACGUGACCGCUGCGUCGACGUGGAUGAUACACCAUCUGCUCGCCUGUCCAGAUUGGCUGGCUCUGGUUCGAGAGGAGGUGGACUCCUUUGUUGGAACCGAGGAGGGCCAUAUUGACCUGGCAGACGUACCCAGCAAGUGUCCUCGAUUGUUGGCAACUUGGCACGAGGUUUUGCGCUAUCAUGGUGGCAUGGCCAUUGGCCGCUAUGUUCAAGAGGAUACGACACUUGCAGAGGGUUGGAGACUGCAGAAAGGGAGCUACUUGAUGACACCGCUGAGGCCUCAUCACGUUGACCCGCAUGUGUGGGGACCUACAGCAAUGAAUUUCGACCCAUCAAGGUUCCUGAAGGCUGAUGGUAGCGUUGACGAGAGCCAAAGGAAGAAAAUGAGGAUAUUUGGGCUUUUUGGGAGCCUGUGUCCCGGAAGAUUCUUGGCUGUCAACAUGGCUAUGGCAUUCAUCAUUCGAUUCAUCUCUUCUGUAGAGCUUUACACUUUGGAUGGCUGUCAACACUCUGUUCCUACCGAGAGUGUUGAGAGCGUGGCUGGGCUGCCAACGCCAGCAUGGGACAUGGAAGUGGGCUGGACGAAGCGUGAAGGGAGUGCGAGGGCAGUGAGAUUUUGUUUUAAGAAAUAA